CUGUGGCUACGCGCCUAAAGAUCCUUGUUAUGUUGUGAAAAUUAUUAACUUGAUUAAAAAACUUCUAGGAAUAACAUUAUUUCAAAUUAUAUAUUUUAUUAUUUAAUGUGAAAAUGACGUUGCUGGCUUCAAGUAUCAAAAUUCAAGAUCAAAGUAUUUUUGUUAAUUUUGUAUUACUGAAAAACUGAAGAAUUAAUUAUCCUAACCCAGUCUUAAGCAACGCGCGGUUUAUAUGUUUUUGUUUGUAGUGAACACGUAGGUAGUGAAGAUAGAUGAAAUGAUUCGGCAAUGUUUUCUUCGAUGUUUAUUGGAUUCGCAUGCGCCGAUUAAACUUCCACAUAAUGUGGAAAUAUUUGUAGGACGAAGUAAAUUAACCAAAAUUACGGAUCAGUCUUGUUCUCGUCAGCAAAUUAGCUUAAAAGCUGACUGUGAACAAUGUGAGGUGGAACUGAAACCUUUGGGCAUCAACCCAAGUGGUUUAGAUGGAUUUGCAUUGAAGAGGCAUGGGGAAUACAAGGUGCUGCAUGGUAACAGGAUUGAAAUACUACUGAAUAACUACAUACAUAUUGUCGAGUUUGACCCACCUCCUGAUGGUUAUGAGGUACCAAAACAGAGUAAGAGAAAGCUUGAAGAAAUUGACCAAGAAAAAUCACCUAGAAAAAAGUGUAAAGUAGAACCAGAUAUACAAACUGAUGUAAAAGAAGCCAUGGAAAAUGUAUGGGAGAAGAUUGAUGGUGGAGAAGUGUAUGUAUUUACAGCAAAAGGUGUCAAAUCUAGCAGUAAAAUAGCUGCCUUUGACAUGGAUGGUACACUUAUUAAAACAAAGUCUGGUAAAGUUCACCCUGUGGAUACAAAUGACUGGCAAAUAGCUUUUCCUCAGAUAUCAAAGAAGCUUUUGGAGAAACUAAAUGAUGGUUACAAAAUCGUUAUAUUAAGUAAUCAGUCACCAAUUGGGAAGGGUAGAGUAAAAAUUGAGGAUUUCAAAAAGAAAAUUGAGGGUAUAGUUGAAAAGUUAAAUAUUCCCAUGCAGGUUUUUUUGGCGACUGGAAAAGGAUUUUAUAGAAAGCCUGCACCAGGCAUGUGGAAACUUCUGGCUGAAAAGAAAAAUGACAAUAUGAUAAUAGACAUUGACAAUAGCUUCUAUUGUGGAGAUGCGGCUGGCAGGAUGGCGAAUUGGGCGCCCGGCAAGAAGAAAGACCACUCCAUGGCUGACAUAUUGCUAGCUCAGAACCUUGGCAUCACGUUCUAUACACCGGAGCAGUUUUUCCUUGGGCAUUCCAUUGCUAAUGUGCCAAUGGGCAAACCAGAAUUUGUUCCUAAGGAGUUAAAACCUGAGCCAUUUAAUGAGAAUUUAAUUAGUACAGAAAAAGAGUUGCUGGUUUUAGUAGGAUACCCGGGCAGCGGUAAAUCGACUCUAGCUAAACAAAUUGAAAAGAAAUCGGGAAACAAAUAUGUGACAGUAUGCAGAGACGUUCUUGGCACUUGGCAAAAAUGUGCAGCAGAAGCAACUAAACUAUUAAAGCAAGGUAAAAGCGUAAUAGUGGACAGUACGAACCCUGACACGGAGUCACGUGCGCGCUGGACGUCGCUCGCGACGGACAUGCACGUGGCGUGCCGCUGCGCGCACGUGCGCACGAGCCUGGCGCACGCGCAGCACAACAACAAGUUCCGUGAGAUCAUGCGCGCCAACCACGCGCCCGUCAACGACAUUGUGUUCCAUACUUACAAAAACAAAUUCGUUGAACCAACAGUGAAAGAGGGAUUCAAAGAGGUAAUUGAAGUCAAAUUCAACCCUACAUUCGACAGUAAGGAAGCAGAGACUAUUUAUAGCAUGUAUUUAUUAGAAAAGUAGCACUUAAAUGUUUGACAUUGAGAUUUAAAAAUAAAAGAUGUGACAUUUA